CAGCCGUGUGUGGGUGAGGGACAGGGAGUCCUUCAGACGCUCGCUCUACAACCAACGCCGGUAUUUGAUCGAUGAUCUUGUGAUUGGUGACUACGGUGAUAAUUGCAGUCCUAUUACUGCUUCACAGGGUGGUAUCUGCCGCUGCAACAGAGGUGGGCGGACGGUCUACAUGAAGCGGUUCGUGGAGGGGUAUCGCGCUGAGAACAUAUUGCGCGGAGAGCUUACGAUUUCUCCUUUGAGGUGCUUUACGGACGGUAUAAGACUAUUUGCGCCGCUGAAUGGAGUUGUUCUCCUGAUGACUGACGAUGCCCAUGCGGUGAGGGCAACGCUUGGCAUGAAAACCGGUGCAGUCGCUGCGCUGGGUAUCCAGCUGAACGUCACGGAUACAAACAGCAUUACGCUUGAGCUAAUAAAUACCUCAACAGCUAGUGCAGAGACUGCACUGAGGGAUGCGAAGAAGAGAAAGCGCAUCCAUGCCGUGGGUGGUGUGGUGACAGAGGAUCUGCUCGAUGACGAAUCUGUGGUAUUUAUUGACCCACAGAAUAUUCACGCGACGUUGAGCAAGUUUCGCCGGAAUGUCAUCCACCUCUCACCGACGCUGGAGCAGGAGUUCUUUGUGCUUGCGCAGUACCUUGGCAGCACGAACGGCGUUAAAGCUAACUCUGUGAUCCGCAGCGACGAGGCGGCUGCAAUAGCGGAUGUGUUGCGGCGGUCACUUGUGACGUUUGGUCAGUCGCUUCCGUCCUCCACGCUGCUGGCUGGCGGUGACGCGCUGGGGGACUACCUGCCGCGUAAGGGCGAUGUGUUCGUCGUGGGCCUUGCUGCUGCCGAUGUUGCUGUGAUCGCAGAGCACCUGGCGAAGAACCGCGGUGUGCGUGUACUUGUGCUGUUCGCGGAGGUCUCGUGGUUGUACGAUGAGUUUGUUGCUGCGUUCAAUGGGAGUGGGGAUGCUGGGCGCCUUGUGUUCGCGACGAGCCUGCCGCACUGGGCAGACAUUAAUACCACGUCUGAGACGGUGCAGCGGUUCCAGGAUGCUGUGGAGGAGAAGACGAAUUGGACGCCGUUGGCGUUAAGGGCGUUUGCCAGUACAAUGGUGGUAAAAACCAUUCUCUCUCGUAUGGAGCUGGUGAAUGCCAAAUUAUUGGUUGAUUUCUUCUACAAGAAUGUUGCCAUCACUGUGGCUGAUAUGCUUUACGGACCCUUCAAGGACGGCAAGAGGUGCGGUGGCCAGAAUAACGUGAGCUCUGCUGAGUGUGCUGUGAACUACGGAGCGAGGCGUAUUUCGGUGUGGUCGAUGGCCCGCGUGCUGGACCCCGCAGUGCCUGAGCUGUUCCCCGCAGUGACGCCGUCGAUGGAGUACGGGGAGCCCGAUAAGAAUGGUCUCUCAGAUGAUCAGCUUAUCGCCGUCAUUGUUGGCUCCAUUUCCGGAGGUGUACUACUGGCUGCUCUGUUUGCGUUUUUCUGCUGCCGUGCGAUUCGUGACAACAACAACGCCCCGAAGGAGCCCACAGAGCCCGUGACGCUUGUGUUCACUGACAUCGAGAGCAGCACUGCGC